GGAAAAUAUUUGGAAAAUUGUGUAUAUAAAUAAACUAGGGCACGUCUAACAUUCUUGCGCCUAGCCCUAUACCCCAGUUUUGCACCUAUGGAAUUGUUUCCAUUUCCUUAGUAAUUAUUUUUGUAAUAUUUCUAAUUUUUACCAAAUUAACGAAUAAAUUUGAUCUAUCUAGGGUUAGGAGGUGUGGAUCCGGCGCAGAAUUUCAACCGAUUACAAUUUUUCAAAAGAUUAGGGUUUCGCACCUGUGUUCAUUGCCGCCACUGCAUAUACAUACAGCGAGAGAUAGUAUUUUGUCUUACAUAUAUUUAUGAUUUGUUGAGUUUUGCUCGAUUUUAUGCUGUAAUUCGUUUCCAAUCUGAUACCCCCAAAAAGAGAACAUUUUCGUUGUUAUAUAAGAAGUCACCUUUUUUCCCGAGGCAAUUGGGCGUAUUUUUGGGUGUCAAUUGUCGCAAUUUACGAUUGAAUGUGGUGCCUGGAACUGUGAUCGGGGGAGUAGCGCUCAUUUGCUGUUGUUUUUGAAUAUUUUUUGUUUACCAAGGAAAACAGAAGUUAUUAUUGGGGCAAAUUUAGGGGAAUUUCAGGAAUGGAUAAGAAGAAGGUUGUAGCCCCAUUGGUCUGCCAUGGGCAUUCACGACCUGUUGUUGAUUUGUUCUACAGUCCGGUAACGCCUGAUGGGUUCUUCCUUGUUAGUGCAAGCAAGGACUCGACACCAAUGUUGAGAAAUGGAGAGACAGGAGAUUGGAUUGGGACCUUUCAAGGGCAUAAAGGUGCAGUAUGGAGCUGUUGCCUGGAUAAACAAGCCCUGCGUGCGGCCUCUGCAUCUGCUGAUUUUUCUGCGAAAUUAUGGGAUGCGUUAACUGGGGAUGAACUGCAUUCAUUUGAGCACAAGCACAUUGUCCGUGCCUGUGCUUUCUCAGAGGAUACCCACUUGCUUUUAACUGGGGGAAUGGAAAAAGUUGUCCGCAUAUUUGAUCUGAAUAAGCCUGAUGCUCCUCCUAGGGAGAUCGAAAAGUCUCCUGGUUCUGUGAGGACGAUUUCUUGGCUCCACAGUGAUCAGACUAUCUUAGGUUCAUGUACUGAUAUGGGUGGUGUGAGGUUAUGGGAUGUGAGAACUGGCACAAUUGUUCGGACACUGGACACCAAGGCUUCUGUAACAAGUGCUGAAGUGAGUCAAGAUGGUCGCUAUAUAACAACUGCUGAUGGAACAAGUGUAAAAUUUUGGGAUGCGAAUCACUUUGGAUUGGUAAAGAGUUAUGAAAUGCCCUGCAUUGUAGAAUCAGCUUCGAUGGAACCAAAGUAUGGCAACAAGUUCAUUGCUGGUGGAGAAGACAUGUGGGUUCAUGUGUUUGAUUUCCAUACAGGAGUUGAAAUUGGUUGCAACAAAGGACACCAUGGUCCAGUGCACUGCGUGCGUUUCUCACCAGGUGGCGAAUCUUAUGCCUCUGGAUCUGAAGAUGGAACUAUUAGGAUAUGGCAGACCGCUCCUCUGAACAACACCGAGGAGGAAACAUCUGGUGUCGCCAAUACACACAGGCCGAGUUUCAAAGAUGUGGAUCAAGUUGCUCACCAGAUUGAAAAUGUCCAAAUAUCUGAACACGACACAAAUGAUGUGAGCGAUAAGCCAACUAACCAGAAGGAAUCGGAGGCUGACUAGGUUAAGAUUAUAUGUUUUCCUUUUGUGUGUGUGUUGUAGUUUUUUGCCGGACCAGCAGCGAAGGUUUGUAAGGGUGGCGUAAAAAGUUCGAUGCUUGAUGAUCUUUUGCAAUAAACAUAGAGCUUAAUCCUUUUUGUCUUUGAUCGAAUGAUCUUAAGAGUAAAAUGUGAUUGAAUCCCCCA